CGAUGACUUUUUUUCCUUUUUUUAAGCAUGUAUUGUACUGAGCAAUAGCCCGGGAGGAGGGUAUGAUGAUAUUUAUAAAUGAUUAGAACAUCCUUUAACCCAGAGAGUUGGAAUGGAAAGUAGUUCUUUCCAGUCGUCUAUAUUCUAAUCGUUCACUCAUUUUUUGAGUUGUGAGUGAGAAAAAGUAAAAGGUGGGAGAGAGAAGGUAAAGGUUUCGCUAUUUUUAUACGGGAUAAAUAUUUUGUGCUGCUCAAUGGUUGUAUAAAUACAACAAGGUUGAUGCGAUGCGUUGAUACUUUUGAUCGAGAUCAGGGAGGAUGGUCUUUUUUGUGUUCCUUUGUUUGUUGUACCUGUGUUUCCCAUCUGACUUCCACACUCCUCAUUUCAUUCCUUGAGCGUCACUUUUGUUGUUUCUACGACAAAGAAAGAAAGAAAAAAAAAUGGAGACAAUUGGCAGUGGUGGCGAUGUUGAUGAUGAUGAUGAUGAUGAUGAUAAUGAUGAUAAUGAUGAUGAUGAUGGAUGUGGGAGGGAUAUGAGUAUCUGGGAUUUUUGUUGAUAUGGGGGUUGUGUAUGGCUAGGUAGCUGGCUUCGAAAGAGCACGAAGACAAGACUUUAACAUGCAGACAAACAGACGAAUAGAAGGAGACCAAGGAAAAGGACUGGAUCUUUCUUUGUCUUUUUCCUUUUCCUUUUCCUUUUCCUUGCUUCCUGUCCUCUUGCCUUCCUACCUUCCUGCC